UGCUCCCUCCCUCUUCAGACCUGGCCGAGUCAGAGAGUCUCACAGCAGCUUCGGUGAGGUCUACGGGGUGUGUGCUCUUGCCUGGAGGGCUGAAUCGGGAGACUCGAGCGGUCUUCCGCUGUAGGGAAAUUGUGAAGUGGGAGAGUCUGGGGGACUAGAGGGAGAGCCAGCGGUCUGGGAGCAGCGGCAGCAGCAGCCUCCGACGCCGCGACAGCAGCAGCAGCUGCAACAAGUGCGUGGCGUGCCAGCCGCCUAGCCGGAGCCGGCUGCCCGCCCCAGCGAGGAGGAGCCUCGGCCGCCGCUGACGCCCACACCGUCUUCACUCCGGCCCGGCCCAGACCACGCGCGGUGGGGAGCCCGGCUGGGAUGGAGCUCGUAGCUGUGUGGUCUCGCAGGAGACGGCCCCGGGAAGCUGCCCGGGGCUGAGCCGAGGGCCAGCCGGCCGGCCCGCCCGGGGAACCGGAGGAGGAGGAGGAGGGUGGAUGCGGCUCCGAUCACCACCGUCCCCCACCCUCCCCGCCCGGUGUGAGCAGACACUGCUCCUGGACAAGAUAUGAGAAAUGAGUGUUGGACGCCGAAGGAUAAAGUUUUUGGGAGUUCUGAUGAUGGCAAACUUUUUUAUUUAUUUGAUUGUAGAAGUCUCCAAAAGUAGUAAUCAAGAAGAACGUGGAAAAGGAGAAGUUAUAUUGCCCAAAGGCAAGUUCUGGAAGAAAUAUGUACCUGCCAAGGCCUUUUGGAAUAGGGAACAAGAGAAAUUAAAUCACCUUUACAAUCCCAUUUUGAGCAUCCUGGCUAACACAACAGUAGAAGAAAAUUUGAUUUCUAAUGCAAGUGUUCUUAAUUCCUGUGAGCCAGACCUAUCGGUGAUGUCAGCAAUUAAGGAAUUUGAAAACCUACCAGAGAGAUUUAAAGAUUUUCUGCUUUAUCUGAGAUGUAGAAAUUAUUCACUACUGAUAGACCAGCAGGAAAAGUGCAAGCAGAAACCUUUCCUUCUGCUAGCUAUUAAGUCACUCACAUCCCAUUUUGAUAGAAGACAAGCAAUUCGAGAAUCCUGGGGAAAAGAGACUAAUUUUGGGAACCAGACAGUUGUAAGAGUCUUUUUAUUGGGACAGACUCCCCCUGAGGAUCAUUUUCCCAACCUUUCAGAUAUGUUGAAAUUUGAGAGUGAGAAGUACCAAGACAUUCUUCUUUGGAAUUACAGAGAUACUUUCUUCAACUUGACUCUGAAAGAAGUACUGUUUCUGAAGUGGGUGAGCACUUCUUGCCCAGAUGUCCAGUUUGUUUUCAAGGGGGAUGAUGAUGUUUUUGUCAAUACUCAUCAGAUCCUAAAUUACUUGAAUAGCAUAUCCAAGGAGAAAGCCAAAGACUUAUUUAUAGGUGAUGUGAUCAAAGAUGCUGGACCUCAUCGGGAGAAAAAGCUAAAGUACUAUAUCCCAGAAAGUGUUUAUGAAGGCGCCUAUCCUCCUUAUGCGGGAGGGGGUGGAUUUCUCUACUCUGGCAGUCUAGCCCUGAGGCUGAACAAAGUGUCCGAACAGGUCCUUCUCUAUCCCAUUGAUGACGUUUAUACAGGCAUGUGCCUUCAAAAACUUGGCCUCGCUCCAGAAAAACACAGAGGUUUCAGAACAUUUGAUAUAGAAGAAAAAAACAGGAAAAAUAUUUGCUCUUACACAGACUUAAUGUUAGUACAUAGCAGAAAACCACAGGAAAUGAUUAGCAUUUGGUCCCAGCUUCAAAAUCUUCGUGUAAAUUGCUGAAAUAUAUGAAAGUAAAAUAUGCAUAAGAGAAUAUAUCUUUAAAAUGUCCUAAUUUUUCCCCUAUAAUUUAGGUGUAAUUUCUUGCUGAAUCAUUGGAAUUGCUUCUUUUUCUGGAAUCUUUUUAGAGGCAUUUAAACUUUUCAUCUAGUAUUUUGGAAAGUGAGAAUGCAUAUGGUCAUAAUUCUUCAUGGAACGAAUGGCAUGAAAAUUUAGUUCUGCCCAGGGGUCAUUAUGUUUGAAUGCUGUUUCCCUCUCACCUUGAAAGUCAUGAGUUCCCCAGAUUUAUAACUGCACAAUUAGAUUUAUCUUUAUUUUGUUCUCAGAAAUAAUGGAAGAGUUGUUAAUAUGCUUUUAUUCUUUAGUACAUUGGUUGUUGUAAAUUUCCUGGGUAGAAAGCCAUUUUUAUGAGAAUUAUGUCUGAGAUGCAAUGAAUUUCAUAUUAAUACAGUCUAGAGAAACUUAAAUUUAGGAAUAAUUUCUUUGUCACUUUUGUCUUUGCUGCCACCCCAACAGUAUUUUUUGAGUCAUGGCCCCCUAAUUUUUCAAAAUGAAGCCGGCUUGACUGAGUGACAGUUUUCCCCUUAGACCUGACUUUAAAAGCACCCUUCCAUCAUAGUAAUGAGAGUGGGGACACAAAUUUUCUUUCUUGGGGAUGGUAGGCAGUAUUAUUAGGAUAUUUUGUUUUAAUUUUGAAUCUUAGCUGGACAUGUAAACUUGUCUCUUGCUGAUCACAUUUUAAAAGUAGUCCCCCUUCUCAUAUUGGCAAGAGAUGAUUAUGAUCUGCUAAUGGGUAAUUGUUAUCGAAUUGCUCGCCACUUAAGAUUGUUUGGUUUGUGCUACUAAAUGGUCCUGUGGGCCUUGAGGGAAAUUCUUGAUACUUCAGGUAAUAAUUUGAAGGUGAAGACCAUUUUAUGAACAGUUUUUGUCUUUUGAACUCGAAUUCUUUUCUUGCCAUAUUUCUCACAUUGCUUGUAUAAAAUAAUUAUUCUGACUAGUGACUGAUUCCAGUGUCUAUAUGUAGAAGUGCCUGUGUUUUUAUUUAUUGUUCAGAUUGACCAAAACAUUUUGUUAAAUAUAUUUUGUGUAAUAUUUUAUUUGUAUACAGUGUUGUCCUUUAAAUAUUUAACUAGAGCAUGAUAUUUUUAAAAAGUUAAGAUGUAACAUAUCAAAUAAAACUAAGUGUUAUUUUUGAAUUCAAAAAAUUGUUUUGUGUGUAUACUAUUAGAUUUAACAAAAUCCUGCCAAACUAUUGUCUUAUGCACAUUAUCCAGUAUCAUGUUAUCUUGAAGUACCAUUUUUAUGCUUAUUCUGUCACUGAGAAUUCUUAUGCAUCAUAGAUUAUAGUUGACUAUGUAAAAGGGUGGAAAUAAAGUUAUUGUGUAUUUUUAA